AUGAGUCGCAAGACGCCUCAGCAGCGGGAAGCCAGCAAGAAGGCCAAAAUUGAGCCUCUGAAAAGCGAUAAGUAUCGUCUUAUCAGUCGUCUUGGCGACGGUGGAUUUUGCGAAGUAUUUAAGGCGAAGGAUCUCGUAAACAACCGAUAUGUUGCAAUUAAGCGCGUGGACCGCAGUAAACCAACGUACCAGAAAUACUCCCCAAAAGACGUUGAGAAAAAAGUGAAGAAGCUGAUGUAUAGGGAAGCCACGAUUAUGCGUUCAUUAGAUCAUCCGAACUUGAUAAAGUUAUAUGAGCUCGUUGAAGAUAAUGAACAGAUUUUCAUUGCAAUGCAACUAGCAGAAGGUGGCGAACUUUUCGACAGAAUCAUUAAACGUGGGAAGUUUACAGAAAGGGAUGCAGCUAUAGUUGUGUCUCAAGUUAUUGCAGCAAUCAAGUAUAUGCACGAUCGCGGUUUUGUCCACCGGGAUAUCAAACCAGAAAACAUUUUAUUUGAUAGCAUCAGUGAUGACUCCAAGCUUCUUAUUACUGAUUUCGGACUAUCGCGAGAAUUGGAACAAAAGAUGCUCACAAACUGUGGCACUGUUGAUUAUUCAGCCCCUGAGCUUCUCAGAAGCAAGAUUACGAAAGUCGGGUACGGUCCAGAGGUCGACAACUGGAGCAUAGGCGUUGUGUCUUACAUUUUACUUUGUGGUUACCCACCCUUCUACUCCACAAAUCAAGAUGAUGGUGAGAUAAAGAAACAGAUAAUGUCUGGUAUUUACCAUUUUCACCAUCCACAUUGGGAUAAUAUUUCGAAGCAUGCAAAGUCAUUCGUUGCAGGCCUGCUGAAAGUUGAUCCAUCAGAGAGGAUGUCAUUGAAAAAUGCAUUGGAACAUCCUUGGAUUAAAUUGGAGUGUCCAAACACAUUAGACCUCUACCCACUUAUAGAAGAACGAAUGAGAGAUACGAUUGCCAAGCAAAGAUGGAGAUGCCUGGGUUUGGCUGCCGGAGCCGUUCACUUAAUGAGUGUUCAAAGUCCUUCGAUGAUUUUGCGCAGACCCUCAAUCAUGGAGACCCCAAUAAUGAGUGGCUGA